GCUGCUGCCUUCCUCGAGAUACAUAAAUCUAGAUGUUCUAUCGCACCGACUCUUCUUGCACAACCACGUUCAUUGGAACCACUCCGAGCGACUGAUCCGACAAUACACACACCACAAUGGUUUCAGACACAACGACCGGUAAUCCGCUCAGCGCUGGUUCUCUGUCGCUGUUUAUGGCGACAGCGCUGCCCCGUGGUGAGAGCGCAAAGCUGAAAAAUGGGACCGAAGCUAUAGCGCUCGCAGUGCAUGCUGGUAUGAUUGCAGUAGGCUUCAGACUAGUCGGGCUUGGGGAGGACGAAAGGAUAGAAUCAUACGCAGACGCCGAAAAUCCCAAUCCACUACCUACAACUUGGAACACCUCCUCCCUGUACACAUUCCGUUACAAACACGCCCAGUCCGCGAUGGACUACCACAUCAAUGUCCAUAAACUAGGCGGCAAAACAGCUGUCUCAGCGAUAGCUAUCGGCGACGACAGAUCAAAGAAUUUCGACAUUACAACCAAGGAUUACUUGUCCGAGUCGAUGCUGCCUUUGAGUAUUCCGGAAGAUGCCUCGACAGAAGACGCGGCCAAGAAGCUUAUGGAUCUGUUCAUCUCCUCAGGGCGUCUGAAUGAUCUUGGCUCAUUGCUCAAAAUCAGCGUAAUCCAGAAGUUAGCCCCAAGCCUACAAAAGGUCGGUUACGAGGAGCAGAGCAAUGGAACAGGCGCACGCAAUGGACCAACGAGAGACGACAACUCCACGCCACGUCCGAACAACCCGCCAAAUCCGCGACAGCCGCAAGAUCCAGAACCUGCUCGCCCUUACCCGUUCAAUGAUCCCCUAGCGGCACCGCGACAGCCAGGUAGACCGAUGCCAGAACCCAUGCCAGGCUUUGAAGACGAAUACGAAGUCAACCGACCACCACGAGGCGGACUCCGAGAUGACAGGUAUCCCGUUGGCAUAGGCCAUGACGACCUGUAUCCUCAAGGCUUAGGUCCGAAUGAUCCUCUGCGCCCACACCUCGGGGGCGGAUUGCCUCGACCUGGUGGUGGCUUUGGUGGUGGCAUGCACCCCACAUUUGAUGACCCUUUGUUCCGGGGCCAGGGGGGACAAGGAGGGUAUGACCCAAUGGCACCGCCAGGUGCGCGAUAUGACCCGAUUGGACCAGGUGGUGCGCCGCGAGACAACCGAGGCGGAGGUCCUCGAUUCCCUGGUGGAGGAGGCUUUGGUGGACCGCCCAAUCCUUUCGGAGGAUUUGGGGGGUAACGAUUUUAUAUGAAGCCGCGACAUUGUUGGACUUGCAGGACGGCGAAUCGCAGGACGAGACAGGCCCGAUCGGUGCAUAGGACUCCUCAGACCCCCACGAAUGGGUUGAUACAGACUCAGCAGUCUGGUCUGAACCAAACUGUGUACUUCAUGAACGACCUGGCCCGAACGAUAGACAUGACUUU